AACUAGUUGAAGUCGUCAUCAGAUAUUGUGCAGUUGUGCUAUUAUCAAAAUGACCACGAACCAGCUGAGUUCACAAUUAAGGACUUUAAGGGAACUGAAGAGGAGGAAACUAUCAAACGUGCAUUUGCAGUAAUUAUUGGAGAGGAUGUUACCGCGCAUACAUUUCUCAAUUUAGUUAUACAAAACAGUAAUGCUCUAGAAGGAACGACUUUUAGCGACGCACAUGUUUACCUUCGAAUAAUGCAUGAAAUGCAGACGGCAAUGCUGACAAACUUAAGAACUACAUAUCCUAAGUGUGGUGUCGUUCAUAUACAGGACAUUCUAAAUAUACAGAUCCUUCAAGACUUUCUGAAAGAUGGGGUAGAUGCUGUAGAGAAAUACGAAGGCGUCUGUCAACAAUCAUUCCUUAUGUUGUUGGAAUUUCUGCGUGAGCAAGUAAAACAUGAAACAGCAAUUCAGAAGCUUCUGACCACAGCUUCUUUUCAAACAAGUGGAAAUAAAGAAAUGCAAAUUAUGGCUGGAUUGGCCCAUCACCUGUUUUCUCAGUUGAUACCGGGCAAGGUUUAUGAAGUUGAUAAAUAUGCAGAGCAACUUCAAAGAGAAUGUAGCUGUGGCUGUAAGGCUAAGAUUUGUACAGGUGAUACUUCAGUAGGAUCACCCGGAACAUGGCAUGGCAGAGUAGAUGUAAUCCUUAACAACACAAUAGCUGUGGCACAUGGGAAUAAACAAAACACCAUCGACGAGGCAGAAGAUGAUGAUACAGAUAUUCAAGAGGCUGUUUAUGAUGAUACAGAUGAAGAUGAACCUCAAACGAAACAAAGAAAGGUAGAAACGGAUAAAUCUUGUGAUAAUUGUACAGAAGUGAAAGCCACUGAAAAACGUGACAGCGUUCAACCGGAUAUUAAGGUAUUGAAGCAAAUCUUCGCUGAAGCCAUCACCAACGGAUUCGCUCAAGUGAACAGGGAUAAGAAUGCCCUGUCACAUUUCUUGAUUCCAACUUUCGGUGUUACAUCUGACAAUGUUUCUAUUUGUCUAUAUGACCCAGAAAGUGACUACUUACUGCUCAUCAGAGAACAGCAUGAGUUAUGGUGGUUAGAUGGCAGACUUGAUACUGUUAACCUGACCAUCAUUUGGCUGUUCUUGAAUUUCACGUUUUUUACCAGGAAAAAACUGUCGGAUGUAGUAGAACUUGACAAGUCAGGAUUACAUAAGGAUUUAAAGGAACAUCUUAAGUUUUACAGAAAGGCACAAACAAAGGCAAAUUAUGUUUCAAAAACAUCUGUUGGACUGCCAUGGAAAUUGAUAGCUUACCCAAAUUGCAAAAAGCAUAGAAUAGCAAGUGUAGCUAGUGAUUCCUGAGAACUUUUAUUUACAAAUUUAUACAUUUAUGCUAAUAUUCAAUGGGAUCGUAAACAAUUUUCAAAUCCUUGAAACGAUCAUUGUGAACUUGUUCGUUGUAUUUGUUUCAGAUGCUGUCAGUAGCCAUUAUACAUUUUGACAAUUAAAGUUAUCGCUAAAAAUUCGUGAAGUGAUAUUCUUGAAAUACUGUGAAUAUGUUCAGUAUGAUCAAGUUCUUUGAAUAAUAAAGUUGUUACCAAUGUU